AUGACAUCAUCACCAGAAAAUUUACUUGUAUGUUCUACAGCGGGAGAAGUAUUUGCUAUCAACAAAACAGACGGUACACGAGUGUGGAACUCUAAGCUCUCCGGUGUAGGAUACGGUGUUGGAGCAUUAUUCGUCUUUGAUAAUAAAGUCUAUGUCGGGAUGAAUGGCCAUUUAAUCGCCCUGAACUUGGCUGAUGGAGCAGUGAUCUGGAAUAACCCGCUAUCAACAAUGUGGUGGAGCGAACCUCAAGGUUCUGUUGUUUUAGUCGGUUCUUUCGGAAAAGUAUGUGGAAUAGACCCUGAAUUAGGAGGGACACUUUGGAAAAACGAGUUGAAGGGUGCCGGUUAUGAAUUGCCUUGCCUUAUGUUAGAUUCAUCAGCUCCUGAUGCAGUUCUGGUCGGAUGUGGUAAAAGACUAUAUAAAAUUAAUAUUUAUGAUGGACAAACUAUCUGGAAACAUAAAUUAUCUAAAGCCAUAUUUGCACCUGCUUGUGUCACGAUGGCUACCCAACAAAGUAGUUUACAGGCUGCGUUUACAUACACAGGAUUUAACAACAACCCUGUUGCUCAGCAACAUAGAAGGCAUGAACGAGAGAAGAAUUCGGGCGAUUAA